AUGAUAUCAGGUAAAUGCUUUAUGAAAGGCUGCAUUUUUAUCCCAAGAAACAAAUGUGAGUGUAACAACACUACAACUUUAUUCUGCGACUUGCAUGCUCUUGAUCAUAUUAAAACUCCAAGUAAAACUGGCCAUGCGGGUUUGGAUCUAUAUUUUAAUCCAUCUAAGGAAACUAAGUCGUAUCUAUUGGAUUUCAAUGAGAAAAAAAAAAUUUAUAUCUUUUUCCUAACUCAAUUUCGUUUUUUACUUCUAUAAAGAAUUUUUCCCAAAAACAUCAAAAAUAUUGAAAUGACUUAGCUUUAAAAAUAAAGCGCACUACUAAAUCAAUUACUGCAAGAAAAAUUUUAAUUUUGCUGGCAGAUCUUCGUAAAUUCAAAGCAGAAUUCUUGCAUAAAAGUAAUGAAAUUGUUGAUUUUCUGCUAAAUUCAAUUCAAAAUACUUUAAUUCAGCUUAAUAAAAUCGAGCAAGACUGUAAAAAUAUGCUACAAGUUGUUUUAUCUAAUUCAGAAAUUCUUGAUGUCCCAACUGAAAGUAAGAUUGAAAAGAUUUUAAAAUUAUCUGAAGAAGAAGCUGAACUUGAAUUAGGAAACUGAGAGGUCCCAGAGAUGUCCAUCAAUACCGAAAAUAUAAAGUCAUUUAUAGAAAAUAAUAUUAAAGUUGAACUAGAGGUUUUUAAGGACCUAGGGAGUAUAUGCAAAUCAAAUAUUCUUUGAUUUUGAUAUAAUAAUGGCUUAAAUAAAUUUGAUUUAGAUACCGGCCAAACUCUGCCUCAAUCCGAGUUCUUUGGUAACUUUCAAAAAUGAGAGACCCUCUGACAAAAUAUUGCAAAUAUUAGGAAUAAUAAACUGCAUCCUCGCAAAAAUAAUCUUUAUCAUGGAAGGAAUCAAGCACCUUAUAAAUUUCAUAUGCACCCUACUGGACAAGUAUUGGCCUGCAACUACAAUAAUAGUCUCUACUUGAUAAAUAAAAAUUUUGAUAUCAUUCAAAUAGGAAAGCAAAAUGUUAAUUAUACGCAGUCAGGCUUUGCUUCCUCCAAGAAUUUAGUUUAUGUGUUUGGAAAUGGCAUUGCUUCAAAAUUUGAUUUAAAAACGUAUGAAUUAACAGAUCUAGCUGCAAGCGAUUACAUAUAUAAUUUGAACUCAACAUCUUGCAUAGAAUAUCAAAAUAAAGUAAUAAUAGUGGAUUUCAAAUUAAGUGGAGUGCUUAUUUAUGAUAUCGAAAAUAAUAAUUAUUCUUUUGUGCAGAAGAUCUAUCUUAGCCAGAACUGCUAUAAAUUAAUUCUCAAAGGGAAUGAGAAAUUAUUUCUUAUUGAUUUUGGAUCAAAUAUUUUCGAAAGUAAUGCAGGAGAUGCUAGCAAUUGAAAUCUUAUUGGGUACAACACUUUGCAAAAUCUUUAUAUACAGUCUACAAUCUGCCAACACAAAGGCAUCAUUUAUUUUUUAGUUGAUUUUCAAUUAUGAAGAUUUAACCUGAAAACAAAAGAAGUUGAGAUAGCAAAUCAAGAUAUUCUUAAAAUUCAUCCAAACCUUAUACCUGUGGGAGGAUAUAAGAACUUGUUUUAA